CAGUCUAUCGCUAUCCGGAAGCGGCGCUCAUAUUAUUAUAGUUUGUUAUUACAGAACGGGGAAGAAGACGCCAUAACCGCUUCCUUCAUUCUCCUUGAACCCUAGCCUAACCUUGAUUUCUCGUCUCCAUUCAUUCGUCCUCAGAUUCCAUCGAAAUCGUCAGUCAUGAAAGCUAGAUUGGUCGUCUUCCCAAUCCGAGGAAGGAACUGGUGUUUUAGUAGAUCCAUCGAUCGUCAUACUUCUCAACAAUCAUCGAAUAACGUUCCUUCAACGCUCACUGAUCUCUGGAAGAAACUCUCAUCAGGCGAUGGAAAAUCUGAGUUGUCUAACAACACCGAACUCGUCAUUGAUUUCGUCUCCAACAAGAUGAAUGGAGCUUGGACUGGUCUUGAAAAUGCACCUCCUGGAAGUGUCAAAUCUAAGAUUCACGGUAUUGGAGUGCGGCUUCUAUCUCGUGUAAAGCCAUCUGAGAUUUUCCUGAAAUCUAUAACUAAGGAGGUUUCGAAUGUCCAGAUUACAUAUCCUACCAGUCUGAAUGAUCGGCUCGUACGCAGAAGAUUAAGGCAUAUUGCCUUAAGGGGUGCUGUCAUUCACAGAAAAUACUUAUAUGGAUCAGUUACAUUACUUCCAAUGACUUCAGUAUUUAUGGUUCUACCUUUGCCUAACAUUCUAUUCUUUUGGGUCCUGUUUCGUGCAUAUUCUCAUUGGAGAGCUCUACAGGGAAGUGAAAGACUAGUCCUGUUGGUUAGCGAUGAUAAAAGUAUUGAUGAUGGGACUGGAAAUGUUAAAGAACAAGCGAAUCAUCCUCUAUGGGUGUUGCAAGCAUCGGAUGAGCUUGAGAAACUUAUUAAGAGUGGAGAUGCCGCCUCAGGCGAUGGGCUUAGCAAAUGCAUAAUAUCAAAUAUCUGCAAGACCUAUGAUUUGAACACCAUUGAUGUUCUAAAGUACAUGAAUUCUAUGUAGUUUUGAGUUUGUUCUGUUAUGAUUAUAUGGCUAGUUGGGAUUUAGAAAAGUAAUGGGCUAAAUGAAAACAAUAUCAUCUUUUUGUAGAUUUAGUAGUUUAAAUAGGGAUGGUAGUCACUAAAUAUCCAUCUUUGCUUCAUAACUCAAUAAAUUGUUAUGGCCACUUUUUGGUUUUGGUUUUGUCCAUGUUUGUUAA